AUGGCUUCAACUUUCGAUCACGACCGUUCUAAAUCGCUAGUUACAGGUUUUUUUUUGUUCAGUUUCUUCAUUUCUCCUCCUUCAUGUAUCCAUGGCACCUCCACGUUCAUCUUCUUCACAGUUUCCAUAACUUCCCCUACUUCUUCUCGAAAGGAACCACCCAUCUUCACACUGUCGUCUCCUUCCCACGUUCUUCAACCUCCAUCGAUGUCAGAAUUCUUCAACGACAGCCAACCCAUGAUCCCUCCUCCUACAAAACCUAAAUUUCGGAUGCUGACUGCUACAAUUCAGAAAUAUGUAGUUGUUGAUGAAAAGGCCAUCAUUGAUUCAUCUGUACCAAAUUUCCCAUCUGAUUCUGAAACUGAUAGUGUGGAGGUUGCUUUAAUUGCUAAGAAGAUACAAAAAUCGAGAAGAAAAAAACGGAAGUUCGCUCUUUUAGAGUGGAAUUGGGAUGGAGUUAUUGAGAUUUGUUCAGAUGAUUAUUUGGGAGAGGAUGUGCCCAUAAUUCAACCAAAAAAGAAACUCAGAGUUGUCAUUCAGAAUCGAAAUCGUCCCACUAAAGUGAUUGAUGAGUCGGACUUUGAUGAUGAUUUAUUGUAUAAGUUUCCUUUAAUAUGUUUUUCUAAAGGUUGA